AUGCCUCGGGGUCAGAAGAAAAAGCUCCGCGGUGGAGAAAAAUGCCACCAGGCUGGAGGUGAGACCCAGGCUCUCCAGGGUGGCCAGGAACCUGCAGCAGAGGAGAAAAGCUAUUCCCCUCCAUCUUCUCCUCAUUUGGGGGUUACUACCCAUACGGAGUCUGCUUCUGCGUUACAAAGCACUUCCAAGGUGCCUCAGAGAGCCCUUUCUACCACUGAGUCUACGUGUACUUCUCUCACAAGAUCAUAUAAAGGAGCUACGCACAAAACUGUGAGAAAACAAAGUUCUUCCCAGGCUCUUCCCCCUACUGUGAAGCGCCCUAGAAAGUCUCUCAUUGGUACAGUCCGCCUGGUGGUGAGCUACAUGAUGCACAUGUGUAAAAUAAGAAGGCCCAUUCUAAAAGCAAAUGUGUUGAAGAUAAUCUCCAAACCCCAUAGAGAACAAUUCCAUGAGAUCCUCAGAAGAGUUUCGUUCAGCUUAGAGGUGGUGCUUGGGAUGGACUUAAAGGAAGUGGAUUCUACUAAGCCUUCCUAUGCCCUGGUUAGCAAAAUGAAUCUCCCUAACAAUGGCGUUGUGACUAGAGGCAGGGGAUUGCCCAAGACUGGCCUGCUAAUGAAUCUCUUAGGGGUGAUCUUCCUGAAAGGAAACUGUGCCACUGAGGAAAAUAUCUGGGAAUUCCUGAAUAAGAUGAAAGUAUACGAUGGGAAGAAACAUUUCAUUUUUGGGGAACCCAGGAAGCUUAUCACUCAAGAUUUAGUGAAGCUUAAAUACCUGGAGUAUCGGCAAGUACCUGACAGCCAUCCUGCAAGGUAUGAAUUUCUGUGGGGUCCAAGGUCUCAUGCUGAAACAAGCAAGAUGAAAAUCCUGGAGUUUUUGGCUAAGAUCAACCAUAUAGAUCCAAGUGCCUUCCAGUCCCGGUACGAUGAGGCUUUAAAAGAUGAGGAAGAAAGAGCUGGAGCAGCAGCAGUCCUUGGUGACACAACAGCUGAUACCAAUUAA